AUGACCCCUACCCUCGUGGCUGUGCUCUGUUUUGGGCUGAGUGUGGGCCUCAGGACCCCAGUGCAGGCAGGGCCCCUCCCCAAGCCCACCCUCUGGGCUGAGCCAGGCCCUGUGAUCCCCUGGGGGAGCCCUGUGUCCAUCUGGUGUCAGGGGACCCCAGGGGCUGAGAAGUACCGUCUGGAUAAAGAGGGUAGCACAGCACCAUGGGAAAGAGAAAAGCCACUGAAGCCCAAGGACACGGCUUACUUCUCCAUCACACACAUGACAGAGCGUGAUGCAGGGAGAUAUCGCUGUUACUAUCACAGCCGCACUAACUGGUCAGAGCGCAGUGACCCCCUGGAGCUGGUGGUGACAGGAGUCUACAGCAAACCCAGCCUCUCAGCCCUGCCCAGCCCUGUUGUGACCUCAGGAGGGAACAUGACCCUCCAGUGUGGCUCAGGGCAGAGAUAUCACAGGUUCAUUCUGACUAAGGAAGGAGAUCACAGGUCUCCUGGACCCUGGGACUCACAGCCACAGCCCAGUGGGAAGUCCCAGGCCCUGUUCUCUGUGGGCCCCGUGACCCCCACUCACAGGUGGAUGUUCAGAUGCUAUGGCUGUUACAGGAACAGGCCCCAGGUGUUCUCACAGCCCAGUGACCCUGUGGAACUCCUGGUUCCAGGUGAGUCUGGGAAGCCCUCCCUCCUGAGCCAGCAGGGCCCCAUCGUGGCCUCUGGACAGAGCCUGACCCUCCAGUGUCGCUCUGAUGUCGGCUAUGACAGAUUCGCUCUGCACAAGGAGGGGGGAUGGGACCUCCCCCAGAGCCUUGUCCUGCAGCCCCAGGCUGGGCUCUCUCAGGCCCACUUCCCCCUGGGCACUGUGAGCAGCUCCCACGGGGGCCGGUACAGAUGCUACGGUGGAUACAACUUGUCCUCUGAGUGGUCGGCCCCCAGCGACCCCCUGGACAUCCUGGUGGCAGGACAGCUGUCUGACAGACCCUCCCUCUCGGUGCAGCCAGGCCCCAGGGUGGCCUCAGGAGAGAACGUGACCCUGCUGUGUCAGUCACAGAGCCCGUGGGACACUCUACUUCUGUCCAAGGAGGGGGCAGCCGAUCCCCCCUCUCGUCUGAGAUCAGAGCACCGAGCUCAGCAGUUCCAGGCAGAGUUCUCCAUGAGUCCUGUGACCUCAGCCCACGAGGGCACCUACAGGUGCUACAGCUCUGACAGCUCCUCCCCCUUCCUGCUGUCACUCCCCAGUGAGCCCCUGGCGCUCCUGGUCUCAGGAGCAGCCGACACCAUCAGCCCCUCACAGAACAACUCAGACCCCACGACCUCCCACCCCCAAGACUACACUGUGGAGAACUUCAUCCGGUUGGGCGUGGCUGGAUUGGUCCUGGUGGCGCUUGGGGUGCUGCUCUAUCAGGCUUGAAACAACCACAGAAGGACCCAGGAUGCAGCCAGGACGUGAACAUGGAGGGAACAAUGCAUGGUUCAGAGAGGGGGAUCUUGGGAAGGUUCUGGAAAAUAAUGUGGGAUAUAUCCUGAGGGACCUGUCUGUGGCUCCUUGCAGGUGGAGGAGUCAUUGCUCAUGUGCAGGGACAGAUCAGGAUCUCCUGCCAUUGAUCUGUGGUCCUUUCCCUGCGGACCACUGUGAGGCCUGUGAUGGUUCUGACUUUCCCCAUUUUGGUGAAAUUAGCAUUUAUCCUACAUGACAGGUACAGGUCCAUAAAUCCCUACACUUUCAUGGAAUACAUUUUCCUUUAUUUCUAACCACACGGACGUUCAUAUCUGUAUGGAGUCCCCAUCUACUGAGUCCAGAGCAUUCUGUCUAUUGUAAUCCUUUUACAAGGUACACAAUCCAUCCUGCAAGAGGUAAACCCACAGGAGGUCCUAACGCCCUCUCUAGACUCCACACACCCCUCACCUGCCCUCCGAGGCCACCUGUGUGCUUUCUGCAGAAACCUCAUCCCUU